CCGGCGCGCCCUGCCUGUCCCGGGAGCCGGCGAGGCCGGCCUGGGGUGGCCCGGCGCGGGAGCACCGCGGGGAGUACCGGCUGGAGCAGCGCAGGGGCGACGGCCCAGCCUCCCGAAGUUUGCCGCGCCCGCUCGGGCGGCCGAGGUUUGUUUUCUUGAAAAGGCUCCAGGCUUCGGCUUGGAAAAUCCAACCGCCAAAAUUGAGCCCAGCAGCUGGAGCGGCAGCGAAAGCCCUGCCGAAAACAUGGAAAGGAUGAGCGACUCGGCAGAUAAGCCGAUUGACAAUGAUGCAGAGGGGGUCUGGAGUCCUGACAUCGAGCAGAGCUUUCAGGAGGCCCUGGCUAUCUAUCCGCCCUGUGGGAGGAGGAAAAUCAUCUUAUCAGACGAAGGCAAAAUGUAUGGUAGAAAUGAAUUGAUAGCCAGAUACAUCAAACUCAGGACAGGGAAGACAAGGACCAGGAAGCAGGUGUCUAGUCAUAUACAGGUCUUAGCAAGAAAGAAAGUUCGAGAAAUUCAAGCCGCCAUUAAGGUGUCUAGUCACAUUCAGGUUCUUGCCAGAAGGAAAUCUCGUGAUUUUCAUUCCAAGCUAAAGGAUCAGACUGCCAAGGACAAGGCCUUACAGCACAUGGCUGCCAUGUCAUCAGCCCAGAUCGUCUCGGCUACUGCCAUCCAUAACAAGCUGGGGCUGCCUGGGAUUCCACGCCCUACCUUCCCGGGGGCACCAGGGUUCUGGCCUGGAAUGAUACAGACAGGACAGCCAGGAUCCUCACAAGACGUCAAGCCCUUUGUGCAGCAGGCCUACCCCAUCCAGCCAGCAGUCACAGCCCCCAUUCCAGGGUUUGAGCCUGCAUCAGCCCCAGCUCCCUCCGUCCCUGCCUGGCAGGGCCGUUCCAUUGGCACAACCAAGCUUCGCCUGGUGGAAUUUUCAGCUUUCCUUGAACAGCAAAGAGACCCAGACUCGUACAACAAACACCUCUUCGUGCACAUUGGCCAUGCCAACCAUUCAUACAGUGAUCCGUUGCUUGAGUCUGUGGACAUUCGUCAGAUAUAUGACAAAUUUCCUGAAAAGAAAGGUGGUUUGAAGGAACUGUUUGGAAAAGGCCCACAGAACGCCUUCUUCCUCGUAAAAUUCUGGGCGGACUUAAACUGCAGUAUCCAGGAUGAUGCAGGGGCUUUUUACGGUGUGAGCAGUCAGUACGAGAGCUCUGAAAACAUGACGGUUACCUGUUCCACCAAAGUGUGCUCUUUUGGGAAACAAGUAGUAGAAAAAGUAGAGACGGAGUAUGCAAGGUUCGAGAAUGGACGAUUUGUAUACCGAAUAAACCGCUCACCAAUGUGUGAAUAUAUGAUCAACUUCAUCCACAAGCUCAAACACCUACCAGAGAAAUACAUGAUGAACAGUGUUUUGGAAAACUUCACCAUUUUAUUGGUGGUAACAAACAGGGAUACACAAGAAACUCUCCUCUGCAUGGCCUGUGUAUUUGAAGUUUCAAAUAGUGAACAUGGAGCACAGCAUCAUAUCUACAGGCUUGUAAAGGACUGAACCCGGUUAUUUAUAUAUAUAGAUAUCUGUAUAUACACACACAUAUGUGCACACACACACUCGCUCCAUUAUCGAACGACUGACUGUAAACCUCACCACAGUGAUGCCCUGGGCCAGGUGAUGCCUGGGGUCACGCCCUGACUUUUCUAAAUCCUGUUUGAGUGAACUUAUUAUUAUUAUUUUUUCAUGUGUUCAUGCUAUCAUUGUAGCUGUGAAGUUGUGAUGCAGUUUUUGUGUAUUCCUCAGAUCUGCAACCCACAAUUCCUUGGGGAAGGUGAAUCAUACCAGGCUAAACCUCUCUCUCUCUGCAGACCUGUUUCCUGUUGUGGUAGAAAACAAUGAGACAGAGGGUUGGCCAUGGGGCAUUGACUGCCUUUAUACAAAUGUAUUUAGUUCUUUCUCGUUUGUUUGUUUUUCCAACAUAAAAUUCUUGUUUUAAGAUACAAGUAAAAUUAAUCUUUAAAUGUAAAUUAGUACAAGAAAACUAAGAUUCUUUAGACUUAUCUUUGUAACUAAUUAGGGUGGAAGUUAUGGAAGAAUGUAAUUCACUAAAUUAUUUUUUAAA